CCUCGAUCAGCACUCAUGUUUAAGCACAACACAUGCACACAAGUUUCAUAUCAUAUCGCAUCGCAUUUUUAUCCCUGUUUCUUGGUUUCUUGUUUCAAGUCCACUCAAGCAAUAGUGUUUUUAGUUAUAUAUUUGUUAUUGUUUGUGUUUUCAGUUGAUCAAUGAAAAAAUGUGCAAAUAUUAAAGACAUUACAAGUGAUGUAGAAGUGGAUAUCUCUCCUUGCAUCGACAUUAAAAUAACUACAGUGGUCAUUCACUCUAUUCUAUCAUUUACGGCUAUAGACAUAAAGAUAACAAAACACAUAAUGAAUGGCACGUUUAAAAAGUCUGAUCCAAUUGAUAUAACCAAUAUCAUCCCACCGAAAUUGAUAAAAAACUAUGAAGUUAUUGUUAUAGUGAAGUCUAAAGAAGAGGAUAAUACUGAUGAUAAUCCAGAAGAGACCAACCUUAUAGAUUUUGAUGCAGGAGCAUCUAUUGAUAAAAUAAUUUUACCAAAGCAAUCUGACACAGAAGAAAGUAAAAAAGAACUGAGCAUUAUAGAUCUAUAUGAAGAUAUAACAGUAAACCCUCUUAAUUUACAGUUACAAAAGAAAUCUGUUGACAUUUUCGAUCCUUUAGAAUUAAAAAGUUUCACGAAUGACGGAGCAACAGCAAAAAUUGCAGAUGCACAUGACAGUUAUGAAGAAUUGAAACAUGUGUAUGAACAUAGACCCAGCACAUCAACCUCGAGUGACUGUCAAGAUUAUUAUGACAAAACAAAUUAUUUUAAGCAUAGAAAUGAUAGAGAUGACGAAGACUUCAUUGACGAACUUGUAUCGGAUAUAAAUCACAGAUUAGUAAUAUACAAUGAUAAACGAAGUACUAGUAAUGAUAUAUCUAAAAUAAACGGUGCUAAAAAUUUGGACGUAUUAAAAUUUAUCAGAACUGAAAAUAAAAUUCCAAAAAAUAAUAAAGAUACCAAGAAUGAUGUAUGUAAUGCAGAUUAUGAAUUACCAAAAAUAAUCAGAACCAAAACUAAUGUUUUUUUGCCGCCUGAUAACAAACCAGCUUUAAACCAACUUGAUGCAUCACCUAAAUUAGAUAUUAAUAAGACUAAACAAAACUUAUUUGAAAUUCCGAAACCAAAAACACAAACUACUGCUAUAAAUAGUGAUAUGCCAAAAGAUCUUGGUGUAAUACAGCAGAGGAAUAGAAUUGAAGAUUUUAAUCUCGGAAAUAUAACUCAAAUUAUAUUACCAUGUCAAAGUCUUCAACAUUCACUGUCUCGUGAAAAAAUACGGCAAUAUAUAGACAAUUUAUUACGAAGCAAAACAGUUUUCUGCAGUGUAUUGAAAUAUUACAAUCCUAUUGACUUUUAUGCAAGCUCGCACACAAAUGAAUUGGUGUUUAUUGUCGAUACAGUUCCAAAAGAUAAGAAGAAAUAUAGAAAAAGAGCUAUUAUUGAUGAUGAAGUAUUAGCUAAUUAUACUAAAGGGCCAAAUUUAGCUGAAAAGAAACUAGUCCUACCUCGAAUAAUGGAUAGGCUUGUCGAGAAAAAGAAACGAAUGGAAAAAUACGCGCAUUGCAAAAGAAAGUUGGUCUUAGAUUGCGGCACGCGGAGGACUGAAAUUCCAGUCCAAUGUAAUCCCACGGUUUUAACAGAAGACUGUAAUAAGGAGAGAUUGAGGGAUUUAUUGAUGAGACAGAACUUCGAAAAUUUUGUGAGGAGAGGGCAGCUUUAGUUAUAUUAAGUUUAGUUUUAGUAUUAAUUCACAAAUUGUCAAGCAUUUUUAGAUGACAUAAUAGUAGUUGUGAAACAUUAACGAGCUACAUUUUUUUGACAUUGCAACACGAAAUAGAAUAGUCGAGAUUGGUUGAUAAACACCCAGUGUAGCCAGCCAUCAGGAGACAGCGCCGUAAUUAAUUUUUUUCACUUGAGAAGCUGUACCAGUAGAUGUGUGUCACGUAUACGUAAAAGCUAUCUGUAUCAAGUAUUCAAUAUAUUUAAAUGGCAAUUAUUUGUUUUUUAUAUAUAUUAUACGUAUCUAUAAGUCCUUAAAUUCCAAGCUAUGUAUAUGUUACUGUAAAAGCACGAACUUUCGUAAAUCCUAAGAUAUUCCAAUAAAACCUAAGAUUUACCAACUCUUAAUGAUAAAAGUCCGAACAAUUUUGCGAUUCGAACUUUUACCACCAUUCACUUGGUAAAUCUUAAGAUUUACAUCAAAGACACGGUAAAUGUUGAGAAAAUAAUUUUACUUUUCUUAUUUUUUACUAUUUAAGAAGUAUUUUAAAGGUUAUACCUUACCUUUAAAAUAUUACCUUUAAAAGUUAAAAACAUUUAUAAAUAAAAAUACUUACCAAAUUAAAAUAAUUUAAAAUAGCUAAGGAUUUGACUAACUACUUAGUUAAUUAAUUACUCUCACAAUUAUGAUACCUACAUAAAAAUAUGUAAGGUUUUGACUGAAAAAUAAA